UUUCAUUUUUCUUAAAUUUUAAAGUGGCACCCCUAAACUGAAUAUACAGAUAGCUAGGAUGGUAGAGAAACGUAUACUAGUAUUUGCCAAGUUUAUCUUCAUGACACAGUAUUUGCAGAACUUAGAGAUUUGGAAAUGGUUGCUUUGGCAAGCUGUUCUCUUUUUAUUUUUUAUUUUUUUUUAUUUAUUUUUGGCUUUGUACUCUGUUUUAUCACCUUUUUAGAUUCAGGAUAUUUUUCUAACUAUUUAGUUUACUGUAGAAGUCUUUUCUUUUUAAUCCUUAUCCUGAAAUGUUUCUAAACUCUACUGCAUAUUAAAUACUUUGCUAGUCAAUUUUUCUCGAAGUCUAUAUGAUGGUUUUUUUUGGUUCGGUGUGCCACAUCUCCUUUCAACUUAUAGAAGCAAUUCUUCCUUUUAGUCAAUACCCAGAAAGUUCUAGUUUGUUAGUGUCCAAAUGUUGUACUCAACAUUCUCCUUUUUUAACUUUGCUUUUCUUGAUUUAAUUUAAAGCUUGGCCCUCUCAACUCACAAGUUAUAUCAUCUACUCUCUCGUAUCCCUCCCCUGGAAGGUUCAGAUGGAAAAUCAGAAUAUGAUAUGUGGAAUGGUGCAGGUAUAUUUGCUGGGAAAGAGAAUGACAAAGGACAUAGCGGAAAGCAAUGCAAGGAUGAAUCCUCUAAUAUCAAGGUAUCUCCAGCCAAUAUUGCAAAAAAGAUGAAACUGAAAUUUACUAAAGCCUGGAUAUCAUUCCUUAGAUUACCACUUCCAAUUGAUGUUUACAAAGAGGUUCUGGUGAACCUUCAUCAAGUUGUUAUUCCGUAUCUGUCUAAUCCUCUCAUGUUGUGUGAUUUUUUAACACGGUCGUAUGAUAUUGGUGGGGUAGUCAGUGUGAUGGCUCUUAGCAGCUUGUUUGUUCUCAUGACACAACAUGGUCUUGAAUACCCCAACUUCUAUGAAAAGCUUUAUGCUCUAUUGGAACCCUCCAUUUUUAUGGCAAAGCAUAGGGCUAAGUUCUUUCAGGUAAUAUCAAAAACUUUGCUUUCCCCUCUUUGUAUUGGUUUACUAUUCGGACUAUCAGACUAUCAAAUCUGUUUUGGGGGAUUAUAAUUUAUGCUUAGUGGGUUUUGGUUUAAGUGCUGAUUGACUUGAGCUGCUAUAGAUCUCCCAUAUGUAACAUGAAUUCCCCCCUGAGGGCAAGUGCUUUCGGCCGGAAUAAAUUGUAUCUUUUGCUGUACACUUCCAUGGAAGUGUUAAUUACUGUCUGCUUGUAUGUGAUGUUUUCCUGAAGAGUACAAUUAACAUGCAAGCAACCACAAUCUCUCUUGGAAAUGUUCUGCAUAUGCUAUGUUUUCUGCAUAUGGUUUUAGUUG